UGCCCCAAACAUCAGCAGUUGCAAUCGACUCACAACUCCAACCAAACCAAACCCAACCAAACUCCAAAAUGUUCAAGCUCAUCGCCUUGUUUGCCUGUGUUGCUGCGGCUUCAGCUGCUCCUGGUCUGUUGGCCGCCACCCACUCCAUUGUGCAGCCCGCUGUGCUGACCAAGACCGCCUACGUGGACACCAGCGCCUCCUCGGCCAUCACCCACCAGAGCAAUGUGAAUCUGGUGCGCAAGGUGCCCGUUGUCCAGACCCUGCACGCUGCUCCAGUCGUCCAUGCUGCUCCAGUGGUUCACUCCGUUCCCGUCGUCCAUGCCGCUCCCGUUGUCAGCACCUACGCCGCUGCUCCAGUCGUGCACGCCGCCCCCCUGCUGCACUCUGUCCCCGUGGUGCACUCAGCCCCUCUGGUCAACGCUGCUCCAGUCGUGCACGCCGCCCCCCUGCUGCACUCUGUCCCCGUGGUGCACUCAGCCCCUCUGGUCAAGACCGUCGUCAGCGCUCCAGUUGCCUACACUGCCCUCCACAAAUAAGCCGUUGCCCUUUAGCUCCUUU